AUGUUCCAGCUGCCCAUCCUCAACUUCAGCCCGCAGCAAGUGGCCGGGGUAUGCGAGACCCUGGAGGAGAGCGGGGACAUUGAGCGCCUGGGCCGCUUCCUCUGGUCCCUGCCCGUGGCGCCGGGGGCGUGCGAGGCGCUGAACAAGAACGAGUCGGUGCUGCGCGCCCGGGCCAUCGUGGCCUUCCACACGGGCAGCUACCGCGAGCUCUACCACCUCCUGGAGAGCCACAAGUUCACCAAGGAGUCGCACGCCAAGCUGCAGGCGCUGUGGCUGGAGGCGCACUACCAGGAGGCCGAGAAGCUGCGCGGCCGGCCCCUGGGCCCCGUGGACAAGUACCGCGUGCGCAAGAAGUUCCCGCUGCCCCGCACCAUCUGGGACGGCGAGCAGAAGACGCACUGCUUCAAGGAGCGCACGCGGCACUUGCUGCGGGAGUGGUACCUGCAGGACCCCUACCCCAACCCCAGCAAAAAGCGCGAACUGGCGCAGGCCACCGGCCUCACCCCCACCCAAGUGGGCAACUGGUUCAAAAACCGCCGGCAAAGGGACAGGGCGGCGGCGGCCAAAAACAGGCUGCAGCAGCAGGUGCUGGCGCAGGGCUCGGGGCGCUCGCUGCAGGCCGAGGAGGAGAGCGCGGGGGAGCCGCUGGGCGCCGCCUCCAGCCCCGCGGCCAGCCUGUCCGGCCAGGCGGCCGCCUCCGCCAUCUCCAUCACGUCCAGCGACAGCGAGUGUGACAUCUGA